AUGUCCAACCCAAGCAGAACUGUCAACAUAAAAACGAAUGUUGUAAAACGCAUUUUGAAGGAUGUCGAGGUUGCACACAUCGAUAUUCAAGAUGCCAAGGAGCGCGUGCAAGCUCGUAUCGACAAUCAAGAAGAUGAACAUGAAAUUGAGCACCAGAAAUUUGUUUUGAAACAACAUCUUCGUGCUCUUCCAGAUGCUCUACGUCGCUUGCAACAGGCUUCGGAUGACCUUCAAUCUAUCGUAGAUAACCCAGUUUAUGAAGGCUUACCUGAAUUGGAAUCUGCUAAACCCGUUCUUGAAUCCGCCAAGGAAAUUUUACAAAAGGAGCAAUCCAGCAAUGCCCCUAAAAAUGGUCAUGCUUAA